UCCUCCACCACCUCUUCUGUCAUCACCGCCUUCACCACCUCCUCCUCUACCUCCUCCAGCAUCACCGCCUUCACCUCCUCCUCUACCUCCUCCUCUACCUCCUCCAGCAUCACCGCCUUCACCUCCUCCUCGACUUCCUCCCUGCGGGUGUCUCCGUGCCGACGACUCUGAAGAGGCGAAAGAGGCAAGAGGAGAUAUGGCAGCGUCAUGUGUGAGCAAGGUGGAGUUGACGGUAAGCUGCAAGGAUCUCCUGGACAAGGACGUGGGCUCAAAGUCGGAUCCGCUGUGCGUGGUGCUCAUAGAGGCCGGGGGCACAUGGAGCGAGGUGGACCGCACUGAGCAGAUUCAGAACUGCCAGGAGCCUGCAUUUUCCAAGCGUCUGCAGAUAGACUAUUGCUUCGAGCAAGUGCAGAAGCUGCGCUUUGGUGUCUACGACAUUGACAACAAAACCUAUGACCUCACCGAUGAUGACUUCCUGGGUCAACUUGAGUGCAACUUGGCUCAGGUUGUGUCGAGUAAGAAGAUGACUCGCCCCCUUCUGCUGAAAAACGGCAAGCCGGCGGGAAAGGGCCAGAUCACAAUUGUGGCAGAUGAGAUUAAGGAUAACAGAGUCCUCGCUCUUCAGGUGGAUGCUCGUAACCUGGAUAAGAAGGAUAUGUUCGGGAAGUCUGACCCAUACCUGGAGUUUUUCAAGAUGGCGGAUGAUGGCACCUGGCAGAUGGUGCACCGGACAGAGGUUAUCAAGAACAACUUGAAUCCCACAUGGAGACCAUUCAGCAUCCCUCUGCAGGCGCUCUGUAACGGGGACCUGGAGAGAGACGUCAGGGUCGUCUGUUACGACUACGACAGCGAUGGCUCCCACGACCUCAUUGGCGAGUUCAAGACCAACGUCAAGAAUCUCCAGCAGGCGGAGAAGGGGCAGGUGGAGUUUGCCGUCAUUCACCCCGAGAAGAAGAAGAAAAAGAAGAACUACAAGGGCUCGGGCUUGGUCAUCGUCAAGUCGUGCCGGACAGAAGUUGAAUAUUCAUUCCUGGAUUACAUCAUGGGUGGCUGUCAGAUCAAUUUCACGGUGGGCAUCGACUUCACGGGGUCAAACGGCGACCCGAGGUCACCGGACUCGCUUCACUUCCUGAGUCCCAGCGGCGUGAACGAGUACCUGACGGCGCUGUGGUCGAUUGGCGACGUCAUCCAGGACUAUGACUCGGAUAAGCUCUUCCCUGCCUUUGGGUUUGGGGCACAGAUCCCUCCAAACUGGCAGGUUUCACAUGAAUUUCCACUGAACUUCAAUCCAGCAAACCCAUACUGCAACGGCGUGCAGGGCAUUGUGGACAUGUAUAAGGUGUGCCUGCCCCAGGUGCGCCUCUACGGCCCCACCAACUUCUCCCCGAUCAUCAACCACGUCGCGCGAUUCGCCGCUGCCGCCCUCCAGCAGCCCGCCGCCACGCAGUACUUUGUGCUGCUCAUCGUGACGGACGGCGUGAUCAGCGACAUGGAUGAGACGCGCCUCGCCGUGGUGCAGGCCUCCCGGCUGCCCAUGUCCCUCAUCAUCGUGGGCGUGGGCAACGCCGACUUCUCCGCCAUGGAGUUCCUGGACGGCGACGGCGGCGUCCUCAAGGCGCCCUCGGGCGAGCCGGCCGCCCGCGACAUCGUGCAGUUUGUGCCGUUCCGCGACUUCCGCAACGCACCCAAGGAGGCACUGGCCAGGAGCGUCCUGGCUGAGGUUCCCCGGCAAGUGACGACGUAUUUCAAACAGAGGGGUCUGCCCCCUCCGAAUGUCGCACGACCCUAAGUUGACCGCGUGGCCGAGUGAUUGCGGAGGAUGAGAUGAGCCCCCCUUGAGCUUUGUGGGGUGAUCUUGGGUGGAGAAACCGUGCCAUAUAAGACCUUGCGAGGUGGAGCUGGAGGCAUGAGUCAGUGUUUUUUCUUCUUUGGUUCUUUCGGUAAAGUCACGUAGAAUGAGAAUAAAAUAAUUAAAUAAAAUAACACAAUUACAUUCUCACGACGUUUCGGCCUUCUUCAGGUGAAAGGAACAAACCUGUCGGGAUGACAGAGCUUCAAUGUCGUCCGACACGUUUCUUCCUUUCAGGGUUGUUCCUUUCACCUGAAGAAGGCCACUUGUGUUGUGGCAGAAACGUCGUGAGAAUUUUAUUGUGUAUUUUUUUUUAUUAUUUUAUUCUCAUUCUACGUGACUUUACCGAAAGAACCAAAGAAGAUGAAUCCUUGCAGUCACGAAAGCUUUAAAUCGAAAUUCAAAGUGUUUUUCUUACAAUAUUCCGUUAAUUCUGGUAGGCUCACUUCUCAAAUACCCAAGUCAAAAAACAAACGCUGCAGAUCUUAUUCUUAGUUUUUUCGGUAAAGUCACGUUGAAGAGAAACAACAAAAUAAUAAAAUAUAUAUAAACAGAUCUUGUUGUUAGUGCAGCUAUGCUGCUGCGUGUAAACAUACUAUUUUUUCUUUUUAGUCAAUUCUUACUCUGUGGAUUUAAUUUAGUCAACGUUUUACUUUAAUGAUGAAAAAAACCCAUGACGGAUGCGGAUACCUGACGCACAAAUGAAAAAUGUAAAACUCUGCAGUGUGCGCCUGUGAUUAUCCAGAGCAGACCGUACAACAUAUGAACCUGGUGGUACCCCGGCUCUCGCACAAUGUCCGUGAUGCAGUCACUUUUAAUCUGUUGAUGGUCGGCGAUGCGGCAAUCGACUCAUCUCGACGAGCUGUACACGAUGCAAUAUUCAAAGUUGAAUUUUUCGAUAACAGAUUUUGUUAUGCUGAUGUUUGGCGUUUUGACAUCGUGGAGUGUGGCACUGAUUUCGGAUUGAUUGGUACCCCAGUCGCGGAGUUAAGUAACACCCCUGGAAAAAAUAGUGUCCCAGAAAUAAAAUAUUUAAUUGCCUCGGCCAUUUUGUAUUAUUUGGUACCCCGAGGUACCGCCAUAAGGAUCAUAUAACGACGCAGUGCCCCGAUCCACAAAUACGAAGGAGACAUCCCAGCGAUUACACUACUCCUGACGUGGCUAUUCGGCUUGACCACCUCAAUGUGAAAUUGUAGAUGCUCUGCAUCUACAUCAGCUGUACGGAAGAAGAAGAAUGAGGAAACAAAAUCCACAGACGAAGACUUGAGUCAAAUCCCGCAAGUUGUCGGCAACUGGACUAACACUAAAAUGCUGACUAAAUAAACACUGCUCGGCCGUGUGUCCUGGACUGUCCGGCACGAUCGCUGUGACGUCGUCGUUGUCUUCAUGUUGGCAACGUGCCCUCCUGACCUUAGCGAGGGUUAUUCAUCUAUAUUCGGGGUUUACAUUCAUGUCGGACAACCCAGGGCAUAGAUCCUGGGGGCUCCAUAUCUACAAGAAAAUAGAUAUUUGUGUUUUUUUUUUGGGUUGUGUCGAAAUGGUUUUCAGGUUACCGUUUUAUGAUUGUCAAAUUCCUUUGGGCAGCUGUAAGACCGGCGUGUGUGUCAGACCUGCGUGUGUGUGUACGAGUCAAAGUCCAUGUACUCUCUCUGUUCAACUGAGCACUGGGCGAUGCCCGUGUUCUUUGCUGGCGCCGACCCAUAGGUGGGAACAUCACAUUCUUACGUGAUGCCCAGUCUCUCUGUAGGACAACAACUGAUGACUUCCAACUAAGUGGUGCCGAUUAAAUUGUGUCUGCGCAGUAUAUUUAGUUGAAUUUUUUAACAUGUGUAAUUAAGGAGAGGUGAUAAUUGCUUAUGACACUCAUACAGAAUGCAUGCAUUUUCAUAAAAUCUCAGAAGCUAAGCAGGUUUGAUCCUAAAAUGUGCUUGGAUGGGUGAUCAACACUAUGCAUAAAACAGGUGCUGUAGGAUGUUGCAGUGGGGCUGUUGUCAAAAUAGGGCAGUGUAGCAAAACCCAUUGUUGUACUGCACUAUUGCCCAACGUCUAUUCCGCCUUUAACCCACACUGACCAGCGUGGUGAAGUACGGUCACAUAUAACCCCCUUGACUUGCACGGCGUGAGGAGGUCCUCAUCCAGCAGUGGAUUGACAAAGAGCUGUACAUCAACAUAAUUGCUUCGGAACAUAAAUUAUGGCUUUUAACAAAGUAGCAUCCCUUGCCUUGUCUGUAGCAAUUUCUCAUUAGCAUGCCUUCAUUGUAUAGCUGAAGCCAUGCUUGUGGGCAUGAAACCACACAUGUUAUGUUUACGAAAUGCAUAUAUGUAAGGUAUAGUUUGCAUGUUUUGAGAGCGGGAUAUUUUAAGGGUACAGGCAUGUGCUUGAUUUAUUUCACUCAUCAUCCUCCCUCUUCAUGUGAUAUUGUAAUACGAUUAGAACAUGCCUAUGUAAGCUUUACAUGAGCAUGACCAGUCCUCUCAAUAGUGUGACUAUCCCUUGUGUGUGUCUGUGUGUGCACACAAGCGCUUCUUUAUGUAUAUAUAUAUGCAUGUCGUACGAACAGAUUUUACAGGAACAAUAAUGUUGGCACAUAGUAAGCCAUACGUUAAAACAAACUAGUCCUAAUUCAUAUUUUAUGUGCAUGCUAAUUACGUGAAUCGUGUAAAAUGUAUGCGCAACGUGAUGUAUAGUAAGUGCCACACUAGCUAAAUAUAGUAGUCCAAGCUGUAAGUGAAAAUGCCAUUGCCAGAUCACGAGAAUAAUUUGUACUUUUUACAUUGCAAGGCCAAAGCUAUGCAAUUCUACCAACUGGAAUGCGAACAUUAUAUUUCCCCCCCGUUUCAUACCCACACCCAACGCAGCCUUAAUCCCUACCCUGUGCCUUAGCAGGUUAUCGUCAACGCAAUAACGUGACCCCUGCCCUGUGCCGAACAGUUUCAUGGGCUGCUUAAUGGUAGGCUUGCCAAAGUGGCUCGCAUGCGUGGCUUCGGAGCCAUCGAAUAAUUGAUAUCUGUAUCUUCUGACCCAUCAUCUCCUGCUUCCUGCUGAUUGGCUCACCGGUGCAAAUUUGGCACUCGCUGUUUGUGAAAUAUCUGAACGCGCACAGCAUGCCUUUGCAGGGUGUGCUGGUACACGCCUGCGAUCGAGGGCUCCGUAGCCACUGUUUGUGGGUAACACAGAUAUGUGCUGUGAGACAGACUCCCAAGUCUAUCUGGCUCCAUGGAGGUUAAGAAGCUAUAAGUACGGCAUGCAGGUUCACGAUCCAUAUUUUCGGACAGUUAAGCACUAUCCCCCUUCUACACGUGCUGGUUUUCUCCAGGGGCCCACCGUUUCCUCCCGCAUCUAUUAUGCCCCUUUACGAAGAAGUUGGCCAAAGCUUCCAAUGCUAAAAUUGCUGACAGUGAGUCCUCACUCUCGGUGUAUUUUGUUUUAUUUGGAAUGUGCUGCUUUCAUCGACAGAUUCCGCGUUGCUUUGUGCCUUAGAAUGGAUUUUUCUGCAGUGCCGUCAUAAUCCAUGCCGCCACCUGCCCUCCUCGAGGAGACGACCUUUAUUGGUCAGCUUGGUGCACUUAAAUACCUCCAAUUAUAUAAUAACGUUCGGCCAAUGGGAACCAACAUUUGAAUGUGACGAUUGAAAAAAAAUUUGUAAGUAAAAAUUAGAAUGUCAAGAUAAAUUUUGCUGAAAUUCUCAGACCUCCAUGUGGUAACCGUAGACAUUGUAGAUCAUUAUUGAUUGUAAAAUGGAAUUAUUUCAUGUUAAAAUAAAUUAGAACUAUUAAAUUGACAAAGUUACAUUUUCAUACAGUUUUCUUAAAGCAGCCCAAGAUCUCAUCUUCAUUUGGACCUUUGACUCUUAAAAAGAUGCCGUGUGUGGCUGGUAAAUGCAAAAAACAACGUAAAACAAGAUAAAGCCACCCAGUUAAGGGGGUUCGUCAACUGAAGGUAUAACGGUGAUUAUGUUCAAAUAGGUAACCAGAGCCCUGGCUAUUGAAUUGGUUUGAGAUGAAGCCAGCAGUGUUAUCACAUUUUCUAGAAUAUUAACCUUGCCCAGCCUUGAUUUAGCAUGGGAUCCUUCUUCUGGCUCCCCUUAACGAUUAAACCAAAGCACAGUGCAUCCACAGCACUGCGAUGCCACUUUCAUUUCUGAGCCAUUAAAAUGAAUCGUACCUUAUAAUGAACCGCAUUGCUUCUUGUGGUCGCAUUCACGUUUGAGAGCACUGACCAUUGCGCUGUCAAAAAUGUGGUAAUUAGCCCGUAAUGAGCUUCAUAUUUUAGUUAUUUUAAACUUUUUUUUAUUGAACGCUUGAUAUUGAAAUAAAAUGUAUACGGCACGGUG